UGUGAGGUGUGUGAACCUGGUUACUUUGGUGAUGCCACUGGAGGGUCUCCUGUGGAUUGCAGUAUUUGUGAAUGCCCCUUGGGAACCACCUCCAAUAGUUUUGCCUCUUCCUGCUCUCUUGAUCCUCUCAAUCAGCUUCUGUGUAGCUGUCGGGAGGGCUAUACUGGACGUACUUGUGAGAGAUGCGCUGAUGGUUUCUAUGGUGACCCAACUCAACCCGGAGACUAUUGCAAGAGGUGUACAUGCAGUGGAAAUCUUGACUCUAGUGUAAACGGAAGCUGUGACACUCUAACAGGACAGUGUCUCAAGUGCUCCAAUGCUGCUACAGGUGAUGACUGUGACCGCUGUCUGACUGGUUACUAUGGCGAUGCAGUUGUUGCCAAGAACUGUGCAAGGUGUGCAUGCAGUGACUGUGGCACUGUCACGGCAGUUUGUAACCACACUUCCGGGUUUUGCCAGUGUAAACCCAAUGUCAUUGGAGAUCACUGUGAUAGCUGCAAGGUAAAGUAA